AGUUUCCGCAGCUUUCAGCAGUAGUGGUUGGUUUUGCAUGCGUACAGCAAUGCCUCGGAAGCAAAGCAGCAGAGGAUUGGCCACUCUGCUUGCUGCUGGUGGAGCGCUGCUGAUUGUGAGAGAGAUAAUCAGCCAGACUCAGACCAGUUUUGUCCCUCCUCCCAGUUCGAAACUGACGGAGACUAGGCCUCAGAGCUCGACAUCGCCUUCCUUGCCGGCGUCUGUUGCGCUCGCGGGCUUGGUUCCUUUGCUCGCGCCUGAAGCAAGCGUAGCGCAGGGAUGGGAAGCCGCCGUGCUGGGUCCAUUGGGCUUGAUCAACACAGGUCUGAACCUCUUCAAAACAGCUCUGGGAAUUUAUGCCUUGAUGAGCUGGCUGUAUGCGUUUGGUAUCAUUGACUACCGAAAUGAAAUUACCCAGAAGAUUCAGGGCGCACUGUCAUCCGUGAUUGAUCCAGUUUUGUCUCCGUUGCGGAGCAUCAUACCACCGCUGGCAGGCUUUGACAUUUCAUUCAUGGUCCUUUGGUUUGUGAUUGAACAGGCGCAGUCUGCUGCCGUGACCAUCAUGCUGGGAGCGAUGUCGUACAACACUGUCUACUACUGAGCUUCUAUGCGGCAUGGUGUGCAACGCACAAAUUGUUUGGGCCAAAUGCCUUCGCUUUUGAGCCCUUGUGGCAGGGAUCCAGCCAAUUCAUUCAAUCACAUCUCGGAUCCCAAAAGAAGGUCAUUUUCCAGGUGCAGCUUGUGUACAGAAUUACAAUUUCCAGGAGGGCCUCCGCCGACUCCAACCUGUCUCUUGCCUUUGACAAUGACGUUGUGUUUUUGUGGAGGAAAUCUAAUUUUCUGGC